CCACUGUUUCUAGAUGUACUCGUUUGCGCCUUGUAUCACAAUGGAAUCUAUGAACUUCACACGCAGAGACUUGACGCUAUAUAACACUCACCAUCAUCACAGCCUUUUCCCAUAAUCUUAUGUGACUACUUCAGAUACACACAUCAAAAGAAAUAUCAAAUUAUAUCAAAGUUCGACUUCUACAUUACAUUAGAAGAGCUAUGAACAAAUAUGAUCAACACGAAGCUUCUGCACCACCACCUUCAUAUCCUCCGGGAACACAAGGUAACCUUGAUGGCCCAUAUGUGAUGGCACCUCCACCAGUGGGUUAUCCUACAAAGGAUGGUGAUAAUAAAGGGAAUGCCCCUGUAGAGACGACAACCAGAGGCGAUGGCUUCUUGAAAGGAUGUCUUGCCGGUCUUUGCUGCUGCUGGUGCCUGGAUAUUUGCUUUUGAUGACGACAAAAGACCAUUCUUUCCUUAUUUGGGCUAUGUAAUACCUGUUGUGCUCUACGUAGUGUUCAUUUCAUUAUUUUACACUAGUCAUAAAUUUAAAAUAAUUCAUAAUUUCCAAGUAUGUUUUUUCUAAGUAGACGCGAGGAAAUCUGUUCUCUACAAGGCUCCAGCAAUUUGGUUGCAGUUCUUGUACAUUUUCUCAUUGAACAUGAUUAUAAAAGGAGUAACUUGGAGUUCUCUCUAUAACGUAGAGCUUGUUCCAAAAAAAUUUAAGAAGUUUACGAUGCAAGUAACAUCUGGGACACUGAGAAGUCCCUCUUUGGUUUAAAAAUAGGAGCAGGAUUAAUUUAAGAUGCCUGCUGUGAAAUUCAUUAGACUUUUUCUAACAGGCUACCAGGCGAACCCCGGGAGCCGCCCACUUCCAACCCUAAGCAUCACACCAACCACCAACCCUCCGACCCCAAAAUCACACAACUCAAGUCCCUCAAAAGCAAUAAUAUCUUAAGAUUGUCACAUAUCAAGUAAUAUAAAUCCAAAUUUAGAGAGAGAUGGUAGAGUUUCCACACAAACACAACUGUUACCUGCUAAACUCGGCUGCGUAUCAUAAUGGAAAAACCACAAGUACGGGGUUUUCCCUACGGGUGAUCGGCAGUUUUCAUUUCUUUUUUUUCC